CAGAGCUGGAGCUGCCGCAAAGCCCCGUCCUCCAGGGCUUUUUAAACACCGUGUUGGCUUCACGCUCCAACAAUAUCAUCCAAUUGAAGAAGAGCCGCCGCAGCAGCGCUUUAACGCACUGAACCGACCGACCGACCGACCGACGGGUCAUCGUGGGAACAAGAACAACAGCGAGCCGUUAAUGGUGUAGGAAGAAAGAAAGAAAGAAAGAUAGAGUUAGCGGGUCAACGAGUUUAACCCCUAAUCUGCCAGUCUGGCAUUGUUGCUCUCUCGGGGAGUCAGAAACAAGGAGCUUGUCUCGGUGAAAUGAGAGCGGACCGGCUCGGUGUUUUCAAUGUGGUUGUUGGGACUGCAGCAGCAGCAGCUAGCUCGGUACAGCCGCGUUGAUGCAGCAGCAGCAGCGGACACGGCUGUGGUGUUCACAUUCACCACCGGAUCUGGGAAGACAAUAGGUGAAAUAUAUACUGGACUCACCAAGACGACACCAAACGAGAGUCUACAUCCGCUUCGGCUUCACUAGUGUCCGCGUGAGGAAUCAGUUCAGAGAGUGAAGUGACAGCCGGCAGGUAGCUAAAUCAGGAUGGCGGCCGUGGUGAACUACUCUCCGCCUUGGUGGGUGAAUCUGCUCCACCGGAUGCCUCAUUUCAACAUCGAAUUCCAGCUUGUGAGCAGCGACUUCAGACCGGAGGACUCUGAGUACCAGAAGUCCAUUUUGCUGCUUGGGGCUGUGGCGUUGCUGUGUUUGGGCCUGGACCUCCUCUUCCUCCUCUUCUACUCAUUCUGGCUUUGCUGCCGGCGGCGCAAGAGUGACGACUCCUCGCACUCCCAUACGCACUCCCAGCAGCCCAGCGCCGACUGCUGCUGCACCGCCUGGUGCGUCAUCAUCGCCACGCUCGUCUGCAGCGCUGGCAUUGCUGUAGGAUUCUACGGAAAUGGGGAGUCCAGUGAUGGAGCUAAUCGUUUGGCGUACUCCCUCCGUCAUGCCAACCGCACCGUGUCCGGGGUGGAGAAACUGGUGUCAGACAGCGCCCUAGCCUUAAACCAGACAGUGGAGGAGAGCUUGGUCCAGUUGGAGACGGCCUUCCAGGACCAGACAGACUAUGUGUCCAUUGUCCAAAAGCUGCAGGGACAGCUGGACGAGCUGGUGAGGCUGAUGGUGGAUAUUCCCUUCUGGUCCAAUACGGACAUUUCCCUGGAGGACUUGGCCCGCAAGACGGAGACUUUUGAUUUUUACAGGUGGCUGGGGUACCUUAGCUUGCUGCUGUUUGAUGUGCUCAUUUGUCUUCUGGUGCUCUUCGGCCUGAUACGCAACUCUAGAGGCACUCUGAUUGGAGUGUGUCUGCUGGGUGUUUUGACUCUGAUAAUCAGCUGGGGGUCUCUCGGCAUGGAACUGGCUGUCGCUGCUUCAGCCAGCGACUUCUGCGUUUCCCCGGAUACCUACGUCACCAGGGUAACCGAGGAAAACGCUGUCAUCAACCAAGAUAUCCUGCAGUAUUACCUGAGGUGCAGCCCUGGCCAAAUUAACCCCUUCCAGCAGAGGCUGUCAGGGAGUCACAAAGCAUUGGUGGAGAUGCAGGAUGACGUGGCAGAGCUACUGAGAUCAGCGACACGUGAUUAUGCCAACACCAAGGGGAGUCUGGAGCAAAUCCAGUCCGUGCUGAACUCCACUGAGGUCGGUCUUCACCAGCUGACUGCUCUGGUCGACUGUCGCAGCCUACACAUGGACUACGUUCAGGCAUUGACUGGGCUGUGUUAUGACGGCGUGGAAGGCGUCAUCUACCUGGUUCUCUUCUCCUUUGUCACUGCUCUGAUGUUCUCCUCCAUUGUUUGCAGCGUGCCACAUACCUGGCCUGGCAAGAGGACGGAUGAGGAAGACGGAGAGGACGAGUCGGGUGCCUCGCGGGCCGGUGUGCACGAUAACCUGUACCGCGUUCACAUGCCCAGUCUCUACAGCUGUGGCUCCAGCUACGGUAGCGAAGCUAGCCUGCCCGCUACGGCCCACACUGUCAGCAAUGCCCCCGUCACUGAAUACAUGAGCCAGAACGCAAACUUUCAGAACCCUCGGUGUGAGAACACCCCCCUGAUUGGCAGGGAGUCCCCUCCACCCUCUUACACCUCUAGUAUGAGAGCAAAGUACCUGGCCACCAACCGACCGGACCAGAACCGACGCUCCGUUCCCAACGACCAAUUGGACCCGGCUAGCCGGCCUCACCCCGCUGCCCGACCACAGUCCUCAGUCCACUAGAGACCAGAACCGCAUCAUUCCACCCUCCACUACUGCCUAAAUCCAGUUUUCACAGCCAAUCAGAAGAUCCAACUCAGAGCUCAACCAGAGCGGAGUGUUUUUAAAGCACCGACAGGACCCCCCGGUUAGUCAAGGUCCACUGAAUUUCACCAACACCGACCGGUUCACCAGAAACAACACAGUCAGAACUCAUCAACCAAGCACCUCAGCGAAGGACUGCACUCUGAACGUCGACUUCUACUUCUCACCACAAAAUGAUCCAAAAGUUAAAAAGCCGAAGUCCAUCCUUAGUGGACAUACACACACCGAGCUGCUCGUUCCACCGCUGCUGUGACGGAUUAGCCCACAUACCCACAAUGCACAGCAACUAAACCGCCUUGGCUCCAGUUUCUUCUUCUACUGUUCAAUUCUCUCCACUGGGAUCCGUACACUGCCCUCCAGUGGAGACAGCUCUCACCACCCAAUCCUCUGACAUCUUUACAUUCAGACCGCACACACGCACACACACACGCACACACAUACAUACGAACACACACACACACACACAUACACACACACACACUGUACAGACCUGUAAAUAGUAAACAUGUGCUUUACUCUCAUGAGAAGUAGACUGUUGAAUCAUUACUGGUAAUGUGGUGUGCUGCGUGUUUAUCAUGGAAGUCUUUGCUGUAUCUCAUACAAACACACACACACACACACACACACACAUAGUCGGACACAUCUGUAUAAAUAACAAGCCAGUGAAUUAGAAAGCCAUGUUUAGAUAGAAACAGCACCACCGCGUCCACAUCCUCUUUAGCUUAACAUUGUCGUCUAACUAAGACUUGAAUCGUGAGCUUGAAAAGCGUGUCCACGUCUCUCUCUGUGUUUGUUUACGUGCACAUGCAGUACACGUGUCGAUUAAUGCAUUUUGAUCAUGAGCCAGGAAUCCUGUUGUGUUUUGAACUUUUGGGGCAUCAGAGCGAGAGAUGAGGGACGUAAGAAGGCUCAACCUGUGCCAAAAAACUCUGGAUGCCUGAUUCUGCCCUCUUCUCGUCCUCUACUGCCUCCACAUGUCUCAAAAAAGGGAAAAAGAAACUCACAUGGAAUGUUUUCCCUCCGACUGUAAAUAAAAAGGGAACGGGAAAGACACUUGAAAAAGGAAAACGAUGGACAGAAACAGAGACAGGUGCUAUGUACGCCAGUCAAGGUCCCAGAAGACGAUUGGGACCGAGGAUUUUUUUUUUUUAUUACUUUAAUGUUUUGUUUUCAUUCAGGGAUGUGAUCAGGAAUAUAACAAGCAGUAAAAAAAUAAAAACAGCUUUCCAUGAUUUCUGAAUGGAAGUCCCGAAAUCCUGGAAAAAAUCAUGUCCCUGAUAAAUAAUGUUACAUAAAAGUGUUGAAGGUGGGUGUUUUGUUUUUAUGUUUUAUCAUGAGCUGAAUUCAGGAUGUGAUACUGUGACCAAGUCUUCUUCUAUACUGCUUUGUGCUUUUAUUUUGUUAACUGGUGACCUUGGAUCGACCUUUAGCCACCGGCCUUUUUUUUUCUUUUCUUUUUUUUCUUUUUUUACCCACAAGCACAAAUUCUCUUCAAGGUGACUUUGCGAGACGGAGAAAUACAACACACUGCCAGUGGUUUCUCCUCCCGCUCUGAAACUCUCUGUACAGUGUAUAAAAAACUGUAUCCGUGAACCCGUGUGUGUGUGUGUGACAUCACUGCAGCGUGAUUGGCUGUUGCUCUAUCUCAGUGUUACUGCGUGUAUGUACAGUGAUCGGUGUGUCUGACUGGCAGCAUCAAGCGAGGGCCGGCCUAUCUAGCCUGAGUCAUUUCUACACAGACGCCGCGCAUGCCCCUCAUACACACACAUACACAUACAUUAAAACACAUACAUGCUGUACAGACAUUCAAUACACACACCACCGUUUCUUAUAAAAAAAAAUCCCUACUUAUGUCCUGUUUACAUUCACAUCUAGAGCUGUAGUAACUGCACGCCCUCCCCACGGCUGAUAACCAUUUGCAUUAUGGGUGAUGUAGUAGGUAGAAACCACAUUUCAGAGAGGAAUCUAGUAGUUAGCUGAGCGAGCAGAGCCCUAACAUUUCAAGCACCAUUCCUGUACAGCAUUUUAAUAUUUUAUUAUUAAUCAAUGACCACUUCUCGUAUUAGCGAGACAAUCUUACAUGUGUGAUUUUACUAGAAAGAAAAUGUCCAUGUUAUGGUAACAAUGCUACCUAUGGUCUAGUACUUUACAGUGUUUUUUGCACCAUAAAUGCAAACAGUGUUAAGAUCUGUGGGACUAGUCACUGAUUAAUGGCCUUUCAUAAUGUUUUUAAACUCUUACAACACUCUUCAUAUCACAUUUUUUUUUUCUCUGUCUUGUAAAGAUCAAACUUUAAAGAUAAAAUAAUAGCUAGCUGUUUUGUAGGAGAAUAAAGGCAAGAGCAGCGUUUUUCCUCUCUUAUUAAUGGUGAAUGACUCUCUGUCUUGCAAUGUUUUAAUAAAACUAUUCCAGUGUCGUCUGCACACCUGACGUUAAGUUGUAUUUGAAUUCCUGUGCGAUGAUUUCUGGGAUUUAACCAAUCUGGUACAGUCUGUCUCGAUGGAGAAAAAAAAAAAAGAUCACGUUGAAGAGUCGGCGAUGUUUGUGUGUAUAUGUGGUAUUUACAGGACUUCAAGUACACCUCUGUCCAGAUGUGACGGACAAACAAUGUUUUCUAUGGCUGUUUUUAUUUUCUGAUGGUUUAACUAAGGUAUUAAUGAUGUACAUGUCAAAACUGUGGUAAUGAUAUCAUUCAGCCUGGAAUAAAUGUUUUAAAAAAAGAAAUUAAAGCAACUUUAACGUACUGA